AUGAACCCGUCCUAUUUGAAUCAGAUAUUGAGUUACCCCCAACGCGAAUCGCUAAUUUCGGAGUGCCCCGCGCUUGCACUCCUCUGCUAUCAGGAAUUAGUGGCUGCCUUCCGCAAAGGGAAACGCAUUGCUGAUCCGCUGUCUUUGAGGGAUGAUGUCACAGUCCUACUUUCCAUUGGAUCGUUGCAUGAACUGACGGACCGGAUUUUCUCAGCUGCACCGCAUGAAUCCGCUUUGCCUCCUCUCUGGUGUACGCUUCGGAAGGCUCUUGAGUGUGCCUGGGACCCCAGAGGUGAUGGUGAGCGACAAUGUGAACUAACGAUGGUGGGUGGGAAACUCCGAUUUUACAAGAAAAAAUGUGAUAGGAUGCCGCUUGCACAGUCAUCAAUGCGGAACGCACUUAAUAUGAGUAGAACACGCAUUCGAGAAGUUAUUGCCUGUGCCCUAUCGGGUUCACUGGAGCCCCUUGGAGGGAGACGUAACGAGCCUAUCGCUGCAUUACUUCAGUUUUCCCGCCUGAUCCCACCACCGUCGGAAGAGCGGGUCGUCACCUCUGAAGGAUUGGCAUUUUGCAUGCAGCCCCUUCAACAACAGUGGUGGACAUUAGUAUCUGUUGUGUUAGAUCGCGCACUGGCCAUAAUGUCGGGUAAAGGAGUCUCACGCGCCACUCUUUGGCAGCUUCUAGCUGUUCUGUUUGCACUUAACACAAGUGAUUAUGUUUACUUGUUUCCUUCAAAGGAUGAUGACCUUGAGGCCUUUCAACUGCUGGCGCGCCUCUCGGAGGUCGGGUUGGUUUACCCCCUUAUUUGUAACGGAGAGAAAUGCUUUGUGCUUUCUCCCCACUUCCACCACGCCAUAUGUUGGAGUUCUACACCAUCGCUUUGCACAGCGGCAUUGCUGGACGACACGAGGGGUCCAUCGUCUCGUCUACGGCGGGAGGAUGAAGAUACUAUCAUCACUGAAACAAAUUUUCGACUAUACGCAUACACGAAAAAUCCUGACAUGCUGCGCAUUCUUGAUCAAUUUGCGGUAAAGGAAGUGGAUGUGGUGGGAAUGGUUGUAUGCUACAGGGUGACACGAGCAUCAUUUGCAAGUGCACUAGCGAAAGGCAUAGGCGCAAACCAUAUAUUGCAAUUUCUUACGGUGAAGGCACAUCCUUCUAUGAUCAAGCAGAGCAAUAGUGAGGCUGGUGACCCGUCGUGCCCGGUUCUCCCCGCUGCUUCUGUGGGAUUCGGUAAUACAUCUGAAUAUCGUCAGGGAAAUAUUAUACCACAAUCCUUUUGUGAUCAACUGUUCACGUGGGAGAGGGAAUGCCGAAGACUAAUUUUUCGUCACGAUGUGGUGCUGUUGAAAAAUAUCGGGAAAGAGCAGAUGGAAAUAAUCUUAAACUGUCUUUCAAAUAGUGGGGAACAGCACGCCGUGGUGCAUCGCGAGAGCGGUACUUUGGCCAUUGAACAGGAGGUUUACACGCGUGUACUGUCCAAUUUCAUUACUCCGGAUUAA